AUGGACGUGGAGGAGGUCGAGGAGCAGCAGGACGCGGGUCCCAAGUUCGACGCGGACCUGCUGCGCAUGUACUACGCGCGGCUCUUCCCCUACGAGCAGAUGUGCAAGUGGCUCGCGUACCAGCCCCACGGCGACGCGUCGACGCCCGUGGGCACGGGGUCGACGCUGGCGAAGCGCGAGCUGUCGCUGACGCUCGCGGACGACGUCUACAUCCGCUACCAGUGCUUCGGCGACGCCAAGGCGAUGAAGGAGCUGAUGACGAAGCGCCAGCCGCACAAGAUCGACAUCGGCGCCGUCUUCAACGCGUCGCCCAAGGACCACCUGAGCAUCAAGAACUUCCGGCCCGAGGAGCGCGAGCUCGUCUUCGACAUCGACCUCAGCGACUACGACGACGUGCGGACGUGCUGCCAGGGCGCGACGGUCUGCCGCAAGUGCUGGCAGUACAUGACGUGCGCCUGCCGCGUCUGCGAGUCGUCGCUGCGCGAGGACUUUGGCUUCGAGCACAUCAUGUGGGUCUACAGCGGCCGGCGCGGCGUCCACUGCUGGGUCGGCGACGCGGAGUCGCGCAAGCUCACGAACGAGGCGCGGCUGGCCAUCAUCAAGUACUUCUCCGUCGUCGGCGGCAACGAGAACUCGGCGAAGAAGACGGACCUCCAGGCGCCGCUCCACCCGUCGCUCGAGCGCGCGUACAAGCUCCUCGAGCCGCUCUUCAUCAAGCACGUCAUCCCCGAGGACGGCCAGAAGCUCCUCGCGAGCCCCGAGCACUGGUCCAAGCUCCUCGCGACGCUCCCCGAGGACAUCGCGGACCAGAUCGCCAAGCACUGGGCGCGCGCCGGCGACGCCAGCACGCCCGCGCAGAAGUGGGACGCGCUCAAGGGCCUCUGCGCGUCGCCGGACCGCGGGUCCUCCGCGAAGAAGCAGAAGCGCGCGCAGGUCGACGAGCUCUGGAAGUACGAGGUCGUCUUCACGCACUGCUACCCGCGCCUCGACGAGAACGUGUCCAAGCACCGCAACCACCUCCUCAAGUCGCCCUUCGCCGCGCACCCGAAGACGGGCCGCGUCUGCGUGCCCUUCGACGCGAAGCAGUGCGCGGCCUUCGACCCGACGGCCGUCGUCACGCUCAAGGACCUCGCGAAGCAGAUCGACGCGUCGACCGAGGACGUGCCCGACCUCGAGAAGACGGACCUCAAGCACGCCGUCCGCUUCUUCGAGAAGAGCUUCAUCGACCCGCUCCUCAAGUCCCUCCACAAGGGCCAGCGCGACGAGAAGGAGCAGCAGGCCGCCAUGGUCGGCGACUUCUAG